AACAGCGCGAGAGCUGGCGAGCUUUACGUCCCACCCUCCGCUUCGCAGCGCGACAGGAAGUUUGCUUAGAAGCAACAACGGAAGCGAGAUUUCUACUUAAAAACAUGGACUUAAAAGACUAAUUGAGCGAUUUGAAGUCGCAGACGGCUCAGAUGAUGUCUAACGCGGCGAGGAGCGGGGACAUCAUCCACCUGAACGUCGGCGGGAAGAGGUUCAGCACCUCCCGACAGACGCUGACGUGGGUUCCUGACUCCUUUUUCUCCAGUCUUCUGAGCGGUCGGAUCUCGACUCUGAAGGAUGAAACUGGAGCUAUCUUCAUCGACAGGGACCCGUCUCUGUUCGCCACCAUCCUCAACUUCCUACGGACCAAAGAGCUGCACCCCCGCUCCAUCAACGUGCACAUGCUCAUGCACGAGGCCGAGUUCUACGGCAUCACGCCGCUGGUGCGUAAGCUGCAGCUGUGCGACGAGCUGGACCGAUCCUCCUGUGGAAACGUGCUGUUCAAUGGCUACCUGCCUCCACCAGUGUACCCGGCGAAGCGCCGUAACCGUCACAGCGUAGCGGGAUCGCAGUUCAUGGCCAGCCGAGUCGUGCCUGCAGAGAGAGCGCCGGUCAGACGCAGCAACACCAUGCCCCCCAACCUGGGGAAUUCUGGGAUACUGGGCAGAGCCAGCACUGAGGAGAGGACGCCUGGAGGUCAGGUAUCAGAUCCCGGCCUGGUCCGGAUCAUCUGUGGUCAUCACAACUGGAUCGCUGUGGCCUACGCGCAGUUCGUCGUCUGCUACAGGGUGAAGGAGUCCACCGGGUGGCAGCAGGUCUUCACCUCCCCCCGUCUGGACUGGGUGAUCGACAGAGUCGCGCUCAACGCCAAGGUGAUGGCGGGCUCUCUGGGAGACAACGACAAGAUGGUGGCCGUAGCCUCGGGAACGGAGAUCAUCCUGUGGGCCAUCUGCCCGGACGGCAACGGAAACGAAAUCGGCGUCUUCAGUCUGAACGUGCCGGUAGAGGCUCUCUUCUUCGUUGGUAACCAGCUGAUCGCCACCAGCCACACCGGGAAGGUCGGGGUUUGGAACGCCGUCACCAAACACUGGCAGAACCAGGACGUGGUUCCCAUCAGCAGCUACGACACCGCCGGCUCCUUCCUCAUCCUGGGCUGCAACAACGGAUCCAUCUACUAUAUAGAUGUGCAGAAGUUUCCUCUGAGGAUGAAGGACAACGAUCUGCUGGUGACGGAGCUGUACAGAGACCCGACUGAAGACGCCAUCACUGCUCUCAGCGUCUACCUCACUCCCAAAACAAGUGACAGCGGGAACUGGAUCGAGAUCGCGUAUGGGACCAGCUCCGGGACGGUUCGAGUCAUCGUUCAGCAUCCAGAGACGGUCGGCUCGGGGCCGCAGCUCUUCCAGACCUUCUCCGUCCACCGCAGCCCCGUCACCAAGAUCAUGCUGUCCGAGAAACACCUCAUCUCAGUUUGUGCGGACAACAACCACGUGCGGACGUGGACGGUGACUCGCUUCAGAGGGAUGAUCUCCACCCAGCCGGGCUCCACGCCGCUCACCUCCUUCAAGAUCCUCAGCCUGGACGACAUCGACGGGCACGGAGGCUGCAGCGCCGGGACAGAGAUAGGUCCGUAUGGAGAGAGAGACGACCAGCAGGUGUUCAUCCAGAGAGUCGUACCGGACACCGAUAAACUCUACGUGAGGCUGUCGUCCAACGGAAAGAGGUGAGUGUGAUCAAACAACAGCUGGAUAA